UCCACCAAGAUGUCUAUCUCCGUCUGUUGUGACUGUCCACUGUCUCUCCUCAAGACUGAGACAAGUGAGCCAGAACACCGAACAUUUAACACGAGAAUCAUAUUUAUAUAUGUUUUUUCUUGUUGUUGAGUGAACGAGAGCCCACCGUGCUGGAAGGAAUGAACAGAAUCCUCAUGGCUUCAAUCUUGGGUGUGGCAGCAUGUGUGCUUCAUGUCGCAGCAUCAAAAGAAGACUUGAAGGUCAGCGUGUCCGUCUGGCCACCGGGGUCAAAGGUCUUUCUCGAGGAGUGCGUGAUGUUGCGGUGCACGGUGGAGUCCAACGCCACUUUCCUGUGGAGCUACCGCUGGUUCCGGCACAAGCCCGACACCAUGCAGAAGACUCCGGAGAACCCCCGCCACCGGAUAUCUGGCGGAAGCUACUUGAUCACCGCGGUGACGAGGGAGGACGCAGGGACUUACUGGUGCCGGGUCCACCGCUCCGACAGCAACAGCAGCGUGGCGUUCUUGAGCGGGUCCACCACGCUGAGUGUGUCUGAUCUAUCUCUUCCCUCACUGACGCUGACUCCCAGCACACGGCACAUGUUCACCGGAGGCACCUUCACUGUCCAAUGCCCUGAGCCCAUGACAAACUCCUCGGCGUGGGUGCUGAAGCAAACCUCUCCCAGCUAUGGAACAAGGACCUAUUACUCCAACACUGCUGCAUGUUCACCACUUGGAGGCUCUGUUAGUCCAGUGAAAUCUGGCACCUGUGUCAUCUCUGCUGAGUUGAAGCAUACUGGGCUGUACUGGUGCGAGAGUGCUGUAGGCCGCAGCAACGCAAUCCACAUCGCCGUUAGCUCUGGUCCGGUCAUCAUGAGGACUCCAGCCUUUGUCGUACCACAGGGAAGUAGUGUGGUCUUAUCCUGUCACUACUGGAGAGGCAACCAGACUAAAAGCACCUUUUUUAGGAAUGGCUUUGAAAUAAGCACUGGCAGUUCUUCCAGCCCUGGUAGGGAUAUAAAACUAACCUUAAAGAACGUAACAGAGGCGCACCAAGGCUUCUAUAAGUGUGCUUCUCAGGACAGGAAACUGGAGAGCCCGGAGAGCUGGUUAUCAGUAGGAGGCCACUCGUUAUCUACGGACUUAUCAGCUGACGUCAGUCCUGGAUAUUGGAUCGGUUCAUGCAUUGUUAUCAUCUUCAUCCUGGCAGCGAUCUGGCUUAUUCAUUACUUCCGGUACAAGAUGCUCUACACCCAGAGUUGUUGGACACCUUCUAACGAGGAAUCUCCUGAGGCGGCGCUUCCUGCCACCAAGCAGGAUGUGACAGAGGUACAGUGGGAUCUGUCCUGGAUGGAGAUGUCCAAUCUUCUCAAUCACAGCUGAAGGUUCUAUUUCACCUCUUUCAUGUAUGAGCAGUUCAGCAUUUACUGUACAUCAGUGGUGCCCAACCACCGGUACCGGGCCGUGGCUCGAUUGGUACCGGGCUGCAGAAGAAUUUUUAAUUUUUUUAAAUAAUUUUUUUAAUUUUUAUUAAAUCAACAUAAAAACACAAGAUUCACUUACAAUUAGUGCACCAACCCAAAAAAAACCUCCCUCCCCCAUUUACACUCAUUCACAUAUCAAUAUAGAUCAGUAGUUCUUAACCUGGGUUCGAUGGAACCCUAGGGGUUCGGUGAGUCGUCCUCAGGGGUCGGCGGAGGUCAAAACACACCCGACUCAUCGUGUAGAUACAAACUUCUCCCUAUCGCUGUAUUACGGAUCCGGCAACAGCUGACUGAUUAGCAUGUGUGUAAUUUGUUGUGAGUUAAUGCACUGUGUUGGUUUUGUUGUUUGAACAAGGUGAUGUUCAUGCACGGUUCAUUUUGUGCACCAGUAAAAAAAAAACAUGGUAACACUUCAGUACGGGGAAGAUAUUCAGCAUUAAUUAGUUGCUUAUUAGCAUGCAAAUUAGUAACAUAUUGGAUCAUAACUAGUCUUCAUUAAGUACUUAUUCGGCAUGGCCUUAUUAUAACCCUAACCCUCUCACACCAACCCCAACCCUAACCAAAUAACUCUAAAUUAAGUCUUUAUUAGUUAGAAUAUGUUCCCCUAGUGUCCAAAUAACUCCAAAUUAAGUCUUUAUUAGUUAGAAUAUGUACCCCAAGUGUCCAAAUAACUCUUAAUUGAGUCGUUGUUACAUAGAAUAUGUUCCCCUAGUGUCCAAAUAACUCUAAAUUAAGUCUUUAUUACUUAGAAUAUGUUCCCCCUAGUGUCCACAUAACUCUAAAUUAAGUCCUUGUUAAUUACAAUAUGUUCCCCUAGUGUCCAAAUAACUCUAAAUUAAGGCUUUGUUAAUUACAAUAUGUUCCCCUAGUGUCCAAAUAACUCUAAAUUGAGUCGUUUUUACUUAGAAUAUGUUCUCCUAUUGUCCAAAUAACUCUAAAUUAAGUCUUUAUUACUUAGAAUAUGUACCCAUAGUGUCCGAGUAACUCUAAACUGAGUCGUUGUUACAUAGAAUAUGUUCCCCUAGUGUCCAAAUAACUCUAAAUUGAGUCGUUGUUACAUAGAAAAUAUUCCCCUAGUGUCCAAAUAACUCUAAAAUAAGUCUUUAUUACUUAGAAUAUGUUCCCCUAGUGUCCAAAUAACUCUAAAUUGAGUCGUUGUUACAUAGAAUAUGUUCUCCUAGCAGGGACCUGCACAUGAUUAUAGAGGGGCUGGGGCUCAAAGUCAGAAAAGGGCAGGACAUUUUUUUUUUAUCCUUUACACAAUAUGGAAAUUAUUGUAAAAUUAAAUUUGCUAAUAGGAAGCUAACUACUAAGCUGUGUGUCCUUUGUAGGUAAAAGUGAUUGCCAUUUCUUUUGUGUCAACAAAUUAUUGUCAUAAUGAGUUAAUUCACAAUAUCAUAGGCUUGAAAGACAUGAAAAGCAACAAAACACUGGUUUAUUAUUAGGCUAUUUAUUGUUAAAGAUAAGCACUUGAAUAAUGAACAUUGAACAGUGCAACAUGAACUUCAAAAAAAAAAAAAAAAUAUCCAAAUGGAAAAAACUUCAAUGUGAAAAUCUGUCCUUCUUCCCUUAACUUGAUGAAAACACCAUCAAGUUGUAACUUAUGGUCUUUCUCACUUAAUGCUCAGACUAAACAACUGAAACGCAAUACAACUUUAUAUCGAAACCUCUACUAUGAGAGAAAUGUGAUCUGCCGUAAACACAGUGCAUUUUAUUUUGAAAAUUAACCCCGUGUUUUAUUUUGUAUUUUGCACACUACUUCCUGUCCGGCACGAUCCGCUGUGCCCUGUGCGGAAUUGAUGUGCCGUGCUCAAUUGAUGCACCGUGCUCCCACGUCCGGCAAAAACAGAAGCUGACACAUUGAAUAAUAGAAUAAUACAGCGUUUUUCUGAAAUAUUACCCAUAUUAGAUGCCGGAUAAGUGGACGGCGACUAGACCAUAACUCACAGGUUCAAGCUGCUUCACUGUCACGUCUCUCUCUCUCACUCACUCACUCACUCACUCACUCGCCCUCUCUCUCUCUCUCUAGCGGAAGCGCAGACUCAAACAAGCCGGUAUUACAAGAAAACGUGGAGUUUUUGUAGCGCUGUUUUUUGUUUUUGUUUUGUUUUUUUACAUCCCUAACAGGAAUUUAUUAAUGCUGUUUAAAGAAAAAAAUCAACAACAAAAACACACACAGGCAGAGGGCACUUUUUAAGACAAAGCAAAAGAGGGCAGGGGCUCAAGCACCCAUAGGGCCCUAUGUGUGCACGUUCCGGUCACCCUAGUGUCCAAAUAACUCUAAAUUUAGUCGUUUUUACUUAGAAUAUGUUCUCCUAGUGUCCAAAUAACUCUAAAUUAAGUCUUUAUUAGUUAGAAUAUGUACCCCUAGUGUCCAAAUAACUCUAAAUUGAGUCGUUGUUACAUAGAAUAUGUUCCCCUAGUGUCCAAAUAACUCUAAAUUAAGUCUUUAUUACUUAGAAUAUGUUCCCCUGAGGUCCAAAUAACUCUAAAUUAAGUCUUUAUUGCUUAAAAUAUGUUUCCCUAAGGUCCAAAUAACUCUAACUUAAGUCUAUGUUACUUAGAAUAUGUUCCCCUAGUGUCCAAAUAACUCUAAAUUGAGUCGUUGUUACAUAGAAUAUGUUCCCCUAAGGUCCAAAUAACUCUAAAUUAAGUUUUUAUUACUUAGAAUAUGUUCACCUAGUGUCCAAAUAACUCCAAAUUAAGUCUUUAUUACUUAGAAUAUGUUCCCCUAGUGUCCAAAUAACUCUAAAUUAAGUCUUUAUUGCUUAAAAUAUGUUUCCCUAAGGUCCAAAUAACUCUAAAUUACGUCUAUGUUACUUAGAAUAUGUUCCCCUAAGGUCCAAAUAACUCUAAAUUAAGUCUAUGUUACUUAUGUAUAUGUAUAUGUUCUCCAUAAUAAAGUGCUACCAAAACAUAUAAAAAAAGGGAAUAAGCGGUAGAAAAUGGAUGGACUUUAUCUUGAAUUUGAGAAAAACAAACACAUUUUAUUUUUCACUAAAGAAGGGUUCGGUGAAUGCGUACAAGAAACUGGUGGGGUUCGGUACCUCCAACAAGGUUAAGAACCACUGAUAUAGAUCAAUACAGUCUGCAGGGAUACAGUCCGUAAACACUCAAUCUAACUUUAAUCGGCAAUAUUUCCAUAGCAAUAAUAAAUAAGUAUGGAGACCAAGGGCACCCUUGUUUUAGGCCUCUUAAUCGAGGUAUUGUCCCUGAGAUGUAUCCAUUAUUGAUCAUUCUACAGCUAGUUUUAUUACAUAGCGUUAAAGUUAUUAACCACAUUAAAGCACACGUACUUAACUCGCGCCUGUUUGCUCAGCUUUGUGAGGAGAUGGACGUGGAGCACAGACACCUUCUCUUAUACACAGAAAUAAGAGGGUUAUCCCGUGGGAAAUCACUGGCCAAAGUAUUCGAAUUACGAGAGCCACUGCAAAGAUUCCUCUCAGAAAAGAAGUUACCUCUGGCAGAACAUUUCAGUGACGAGGAAUGGGUCGCCAAACUGGCUUACCUAUGCGACAUAUUCAGCUUGCUCAAUGAACUCAAUCUGUCACUUCAGGGAAAAAUGACAACUGUAUUUAAAUUGGCAGAUAAAGUAGCUGCAUUUAAAAUUGAACCGGAUUAGUGGGCACUUCCCAACUUCAAAAGACCCACGAACUGCCAAGGAAUGGAUCCGCGACCCAUUUGUCAAGAAGAUCAAAUGCUGGAGAUCGCAAAUGACGGCAUCCUCAAAGGCUUACUGAAACCCACUACUACCCACCACGUAGUCUGAUAGUUUGUAUAACAAUGAUGAAAUAUUAACAUUGCAACACAUGCCAAUACGGCUUUUUUAGUUUACUAAAUUACAAUUUUAAAUUUCCCGCGGAGUUUUGUCUUGAAAACGUUGUGUAAUGAUGACGUGUACACAGGACGUCACGCGUUUUUAGGAAGUAUGAGCGCUACGCACACACACAGGUAAAAGUCGUCUGCUUUAAAGGGGAAGAUUAUCACAAUUUCAAAAGGGUUAAAAACAAUAAAAAUCAGUUCCA